AUGUUCGUUACGACUCGAGAUGCAGGCGUUCGUCGUCGGAAUAGAGUGUACAGCAAUAACAAGACCGCUAGAUCGUCCAAAGUCUCUCUUCUUACCAUCUCAACCACUGGAUCUGGAGGCAGUAACAGUACAAUCACACAGGAGUCAUAUGAUAGAUCACAUAGAACGAAGAAGAGACGGUCGCGAGACCAACGAAGUCGACGUCAAAAUGAUGAGGGUGUCGGUUCGGGUGAUGUUUUCGACUUCUUAGUCGACGACAAAUCCAAGUCACAAGAGUCGUUAUCGGAGAUGAAGGACGGAAAAUCUCCUGCACCGAUCGAGGGUAACGAUAGCGAUAGUAUCCAAGACGAGGCUGUGUCAAAUAAUCCUGGAAUUGUCGUCCAUCUAGAUGAAGCUGAAGCCGAGACUGAACCAGAACCUGAAGGAUAUUACCGAAGUAUGUCAGAUUCGGGCAUUUCGAUGGGGUCAUGCUCCUCGAUCACCGGCCUGACUCCUCACCUCCCUGUUCUUCACGAAGAGUUACCGAGUCGACAUCAAUCUGAACCCUUGCAAGGAAAUGAAAUAGCCAUGAUAGAUCCUCGUUGGACAUGGUCAACUUCAUCGCCCCAACCAUAUCCUGACGGAUUCAUUCCACCACCAUGUCCACCACCUCCUCCUGCAGUCGUGUAUGAUGUGCCUAUGUAUCAGCCAUAUCCAUAUCCGCCAUAUACACCUCCCUAUGCCACACCUCCACGGGUCACGGAAGACGAAAAACGAGGACCAUACAUAAAUAUACGUGAGCCAGCUGGGCAGGUCUCCAAGCCGACUUGCUUCAGAUCAUUUAGCAAAUUGUCGACACGUUUGUUGUUGCAGAUGCAGGAUGACAUUGCCGACCUCGAGGAAGAACUCAGAGAUCUUGAUACCGAGGUCGAUACUACUGAGCAAUCCUUCGACCACGAUUCAUCAUCAUCGUCGUCACAAGAUCAAAGGCGAGAAAAGAAGAACCGAGAGACCGAAAUCUAUCAAGAACUUCAUGCUCAGCUCGACCAGUAUUAUCAUGCUCUCGAAAUGAUGCAGAAAGUCGAAGAUAUAUCCAAACCCGCAGUCACCUCCGAUCUCACAAAAUACUACCAAUGGCUCGAGGAUAGGAUAACAGACAGCUCGAACACACGUCGUCUUGUUGGCAACGAUCUCAGAAAAUUCUCGACAUUAAAGGAGCGUGAGGUUCAAUCUACCCAAUGCAUCCAACCAUAUUCUCUUGCAUACACGGCACUCGUUAAUGCCGUCAUACCACUCAUAAUUUUCAAAGGCAUAAAGGGAGUACUCAAUCGUCUAAUAGUGCUGUUAUUGUUUGUUGUUGUCGGUGCAGUUGUGCAAGAACGUAUGCACAAAAAGUUUGGAAGGGAAGAGCUGAAGCAACAACAAUGUAACGUUUCGGCGUCAAGGUUUAUCGACUGCACGACUGCAUGGCUGGGGCUAAGACUGUCUAUGUUAGACUACUGGUGGUUGCUCGUGGUCAAAGAAGAGCAAAUCAUGGGAUACCAAUAG